GCCAAACUUGACAGAAGAUACAAACUGCUUUCAAUAGUAAAACGGCGGCUUCAUAUGACGUUAUAUUACACGGCGCAGCAUUCGCAGGGUAAACAAGCCACGAACUCGGCGAUCGAUUGGCUGAAUACGUUGUCAAUUUGUUAAAAGCUUCAAACCCGAACACCUGCAAGGUCCGAUUGGCUAGCUCGACAGCUGGCGGCCAAUGGCAGCACACGGCGGGCUAUCGGGUCACUCGAGAGCUGCUUUCUUCUUUGAAAGUACGUAGCCCGCGUAUUUUGUGGCGCUUCUUUUUCACCCGCCCAGUGAGGUGGCGCCCUGCACGUUUAGCGUACUCUGCAGUAUUCGUAAAUCUUCCAGUAAUGUCACCGUAAGCAUAUUACCAUGCAAAAAGUCAAAAAUAAAAAAGACAAAUUACUGGUGCAGGGUUGUGCCAAGGCGUGGUACCCAGGAGCAGGGCAUCCCUCGGGUGCUGCCGGUGCGUUGACGAGGCGCGCCUCCAUGGCAACGACUCACCUGUCGCCAGGUGGGCGCCGCGACGGCAGCCUCGCUCCCGUUGCUGGCCUGCGCCAGCUUCACAGGCUGCGCUGGAUGUUCGGUCCGCUUUCCAAGAUGACCUGAAUGAUAGUCCCGGCGCCGCGCUCCCGAAUGUGUCUUCCUCGUUAGAAGAGAAGGGGGUGAACAGGUGUUCGCCAAGACGUGGGUACUGCCAGUCAAAAAGCCUGCACCUGAAGAGAACCGUCGUCAGCAUGUUGGGAAAUCGGUCCAGAAUCACAGGAGGUCCAGCCUGGACGUGAUCUCAGAACGGAAAUCACAUCGUCUAAGAUCCAGGCGUGGUGGCAUUGGUGUGCCACCUGGCUGCUACUGGAUGUUGUGGCGGGAGGAGGUAGUAAGUAUGAGAGGAACAAAAGAGAGGCAAUGGAGUCUGUGUUGUGCUGGCAGGAGCCUUAACAAGCUGGGUGAUAUCAUGAAUGUGGAAAGCUGCCACACUUACGGCACGUCACUGGAACCCAAAUCACACCCCUCUGUGCAGUAGAGGUGGCCUUGAACAUCUCCAAGUGUGCCGCUGUGUUCUGUUCAAGGUCGCAGCUAAGAGCUUUAGUAGACGUCUUCUCAGCCAGGUCAUGUCCGACACAGAGGACAGCCGUAGCACUGACUGUGCCAUCUGCUGGAGCCCCUACAAUAACACCUUCCAGACCCCCAAACUGCUGGACUGCCAGCACUCCUUCUGUCUUGAAUGCCUGGCCAGGAUGCGGCUGGCCAUGAACCCUGGUACCCCAGGUGGCUGGGUAGGGGGCCUGCCUUGCCCACUGUGCCGGCACAUUACUCCACUGGAGGUGGGGCAGUCCGUCACCGAGCUGCCCACAGACCUGGCCCUUCUGGAGCUGAUGCGACUGAAAGCUACACCAAUGGUGUUGGAAGACGGCCGGCUCUACUACGAGGCUACAUCCCGCAAACCCUGGUUUAGGAAGCAGCGGCCCACCAUCUACACGCUCAGCCUGGACAUGGAGCGCCGCCUGCGGCUCACUCAUAACCAAGUUCACCCUGGGCCCCUGGACGCCGAAAACUCCCCCAAUGAAGGCUGUUUUAGCCCCCAGCUCCGGACCUUCUCUUAUGUAAUGUUGGCCAUUUUUGUGGUGACAGUGCUGCUUAUUAUGUCCUUGUAUUGGACACGACAGGUGCUAUGGGGUAACAAGUGACAGGUGGCCAAAUAAAGCCACUUACCACUCCCUAUGAAGGUCACCACGUGGGUGCUAAUGCCAAUCACCCAGCUGCUCUCCCAGCAUCUUGUUUACAUGUGAUGGAUUUGUGCUAAUCUUUUUUAACAAUGUAAUAAGCCUAAAAUAACUAAAACAAUUGUACUAGUAAUGCACUUUUAUGAAUUAUUAAAGAAAGAUUACAAAACA